AUAUACAUGCACACUUAUGACAUUUGUUGAGUGUAUAUGGCGUUUGCCGAUAUUGUUACACUGCGCAAUACCCGUACCAAGUUUAUAAGUGUUUAAGUUGAGCUUUUUAUUGGACAUGGAAAUAUGAAAGUUUCGAGGGUGAUACUAUCCGUCUGUCUGCUUCUACAAACAGAGCAGAUUGUUUAUGGUAAAAGUUAUGAUACGGGAACGCUGAAUGGUAUAACUUUCGAAUGUUCAAAAGGUUUCUCAUUUUACGGCGGUAAUUGUUACAAGGCAAUAGAUGUUCCAGCAACAGUAGCCGUCGCCUAUAGUGUCUGUUUUGGACAAGGAAGUGCGCCAUAUUACCCUAGAGAUGAAAUUGAAUAUCAUGAUUAUGUUGCAAAGCUGCUGCCUAAAAAAAUUUGGUUUGGUCUAUUGAAAGAUUCUGAUGAUGACAAAUGGAAGAUUUUGGGAGGGGAAGUUCCAUUAGAAAUGAUACCAAGAUGGGGUAAUGGCCAACCUGACUUGAUGGGUGGUAAUGCCACUGCUGUUGAUCCAAAGAAUGAAGUAAUGAUGUAUGAUGCUGGUGGAAUAUUGCCAUUUGUAUGCAAAUAUCCUGCAUGUUUGGAAGGUUACAUGCGUUGUGAUGCGAAAUGCAUACCUUCACAACAGGUCUGUAAUGGUUUACCUGAAUGUGUAGAUGAAAGAGAUGAAAACAAUUGUCCACCUCUUGGAACUUGGUAUCUUACCUUAUCUGAAACUACUGGAAGUGUCCAGACUCAGCCUAUGUCUGAUUUUGAAGAACAAACAUGGGUCUUAGAAGCCGGAGUAGGAAAAAGAAUCAGACUUUAUAUACCACAGAUGAAUCUUGAAGAAAAUGUCGUAUUUUUAGAGAUUUGGACUGGUAGCUUCUUAUUUCAAUAUUCCGAGAUGUUGGGACGUUUUACUGGCAGUGUCAGCAGCAAAUAUCUAUACUCAACAAACCAUUACCUUUCCAUUAGAUUUUAUGCUGCUAGUGAUUUAAGUAGAAAUGUGGGAACAUACAGUUUCGGAUGGAUUACAGAAAUACCAUCAAUACCAGCGGGAACAAAACAAGAAACGGCAAUUAAUAAUUGGAAAAGUAUCAGUAUGCCAUUUACUAAUGAGGAGUAUACACCAAAAAAUCUGAAGCUGAGUUGGCAAAUUAAUGCAAACGAGGGAAAUGUGAUAACCUAUUUUGUGCAAGUUACCCCUAAAUCAGGGUUUUCUGUGGAUGAAGUAAAGUAUGAAUUAAAUGUUGACGGAAUAGAAGACUCUCUAACUUACCGCCAUUAUUAUACAUCAACAACUAAUGAAGUAAAAUUGAUGUCUUACUACGUCCCUGUCAAUGGCCAUGUAACUUUGACAUACAAAAUAGGGUGUGGAGUGGAAAUAGUGGACACAUAUGGUGUUAUAGUUUCUCCUCAUCCUGUACCCAAUGACCUCAUGUGUACAUGGACACUUGAUGCUGGGGAAAAAGCAUCCAGAGGAAUGGUUCUAAAAUUUCUUACUCUGAAUCUGGCACAGGAUUCUAGAAUCAAUCCAACUACUCGAUCAGAAGAUAAAUUUAUGAUCUAUGCUGAUAAAAGCACUGAACAAGUACCAUAUCUUGAUGUGUAUAAUAAUGAUAUAGACAAUAUUAUACAUGCACCUGGAGGACAUUUCAAUGUGGAAUUCAAAUCAAACUCAGCUUUCAUGUCAAAAGGUUUCACAAUUGCUUUUGGAACAGAUUGUGAAGAUUUAGAUUUAUCCGAGGAAACUGAGAAAAGCACCAACAACACCUUUUACAAGGAAAAUGUUGAACUUGAAUGUCCAACUGGUUAUAAAUUCCACAUGGAGAAAUACCGUAACUCUGAAAAAGUUACUCUUCAAUGUGACCCGACAUAUUAUGCAGACCCAAAAGGUCCCGGCAUGUGGACAAUAGGUGGUGAAAAUCCAGGAGCUAUACCUGAAUGUCAAGAGAUUUACUGUGGACCCCCUGAUAAGAUUCAGAAUGGUGGAAUUGAGUUAGUAACUGGGGUUACAUACAACAAAGCUGCUAAAUAUUUCUGUAAUGAAGGAUUUACAAAGAACCCACUGAAUAUAAAUGCUACAUGUGGAGAGGAUGGCAAUUGGAAAAAUGUACCAACAUGUACUUCCUCCCAAUGUUCAGCAUUGAGUCAAAAUAUGCUAACUAAUGGAAAAUAUGAGAUCAUACGAGGUAAUGAAUUUACCAACAACAAUGCUGACUUUGAUACAGUUGUAGAAUUCUCAUGUAAUGAAGGAUAUGAACUGUUGGGACCAAAGUUAUCACAUUGUGAUUCACAAGGAUGGACUCAUAUUGAUAAUCCUCCAACUUGUCAAAAAAAAACCUGUCCAGUACCUCAAAUAGCAAACUCUAA